GAAAAGAAUACACUAACAGGCUGCAAAAAUUAAAGUAAUUUUGAUCAGUGUGCUAUCAAAAAAAAGAAUAAGACUUUUUCCUAGCUCAUGGGGUUUAGUCAUAUAUGAUUAAGUCCUCAAAUUUUUGACUAAUUUAAUUGUGGAAUUAACCAAUUAAUUAGUUGUGUUUUAGGGUUUCUCAAAAAUCUCACUAAGCUUUGAAAUGUAUUUGAUAUAGGGUUUCUUUUUUAUUUUCUCGAUUUUUGUUCACAUCUUAGAUCUAUAAAUUGAUUCAUCUCCAUAAUUGUAAUGGAACUAGUCAAAUAAUCAAGAACAAGAAAAUUUAGAUUUUGUCUCGUUUUUACUACCUGGUUUAUAGUCGAAUCUGGAGAAUGUGAAGUACUCACAUUCUUCUUCUUGGUGCAAUUGUGGAAAAAUAUAGUUGAUGACCUCCCCCCUGGCCUCUCCCUAACCCUCGAGGCAGAUGUAGAAAGUUCUGUGAGUGUUCCAUGCAGCAACUUGCUUGAUAUAGUGACAGUUAGAUGUGGACAUUGCACAAAUUUGUGGUCCGUUAAUAUGGCUGCUGCAUUUCACACCAAUUCUUGGCAAAAUCAUCUUCAUCAUCAGGUAGGAAACUACACUAAUUCUCCUCAUGAUCAAUACAAGGUAGAUUUUGCUUCAUCAUCCAUCACAAACAACUCUACUCUUGAGGAGAGGAACGUAAAUCGACCUCCGGAAAAGAGGCAACGAGGACCUUCUGCUUAUAAUCAGUUUAUAAAAGAGGAGAUUCAAAGGAUCAAGGCUAAUAAUCCAGAUAUCACUCAUAGGGAAGCAUUUAGUACUGCUGCUAAAAAUUGGGCACACUUCCCUCACAUUCAGUUUGGCCUCAUGUUAGAGACUGACAAUCAAGCUAAACUUGGUGCUAGUGAGAACAAAGAAAAGCUUAUAAUGCAUAGAGCUGCAUUGCCAAAAAUAAAGACCUUCACCUUCUAAGAGUAUUAAUUCUCUACAUGUUGUAUGUUGAAUUAUUUAAGACAAAGUGUGAUUUUAUUUGUUCUAUUUAUUAGUAGUACUUAAAAAUUGUGUAAUAUAAUUUGGAAAUUAAUUAUUUGAAGUUCCUUUAUUGUCUACCUCAA